CGUCACUAGGCGGGGCCCGGGUAGCCCGUGGUAACCCGGAGUCUGCGGAAGUGGAGACCGGUGGGCAGGCGGCUAAGACAGGGGACUGAAAGUUGUGGAACCACAAUUUGUGACACCAGGUGUUUUUUUGGUAAGCAGCCACUUAUGAUUCCGGAAGAUUAAGGCAGAUAGGAAGCCCCUUCUGAGAUUGUAACAAAGCUCUCGAACAACAACCGACACCAUGGACAUAAAGCUGGACCCUUCCCAGGAUGACCUGCCUCUCAUGGCCAACACCAGCCACAUACUCGUGAAGCACUAUGUACUGGAUUUAGAUGUGGAUUUCGAAAGUCAAAUCAUUGAGGGCACCAUAGUGCUUUUCUUUGAGCCUGGGGACAGAUUCGAGAAACAGAGUGGUUCCACCAAGGACACCUGCCGAUCAGAGUCAAACGAAGCCUGCAGUUUUAGGAUGCCUGCACCCUGCCAGAGUCCUGUGACAGAUACAAGGACCUUCUCAUCUAAAACAGGAUAUAAUGAUUUUGCAAUCUGUGGUAAAGGUGAAAAAGAUACUUCUGGUAAAGAUGGUAACCAUGACAACCCGGAACAGGCUUCUGGGAUUUCUAGCUCAAAGUACCGCUGUGACACAGGGAAUCAUGGGAGUGAGGAUUUUUUGCUAGUGUUGGACUGCUGUGAUUUAUCCGUGUUGAAGGUAGAGGAGGUGGAUGUUGCUGCUGUGCCAGGUAUUGACAAAUUUACAAGGUCUCCCAAGCUCACAGUUGUUUCUGAGGAGCUCAGGAAUCAGAUUGUACAUGAACUUGUCACUCUGCCUGCAGGGCGUUGGCGGGAGCAGUUAGACUAUUAUGCUGGCUGCAGCCAGGCUCCUGGCUGUGGGGAGCUCCUGUUUGACACUGACACUUGGAGCUUACAGAUCAGGAAGACAGGGGCUCAGACAGCUACUGACUUUCCUCACGCCAUAAGGAUAUGGUACAGCACCAAACCCCAGGGGCGAUCUGUUACAUGGACCUCAGACCAGAGCGGCAGGCCAUGUGUUUAUACUAUGGGAUCUCCCAUAAACAACAGGGCCCUUUUUCCAUGCCAGGAGCCACCCGUUGCCAUGUCAACAUGGCAGGCUACAGUUCGAGCAGCUGCAUCUUUUGUUGUUUUAAUGAGUGGGGAAAAUUCUGCCAAGCCAACACAGCUUCGGGAAGGGUGUGCAAGCUGGCAUUACUAUGUAACCAUGCCGAUGCCAGCCUCCACCUUCACGAUCGCAGUGGGCUCCUGGACAGAAAUGAAGCCAGAGCCCUGCUUGUUCAAGGAUCUGGCAGCAGAGAGAGCCCUCUCACCUUCCAAGGCUGACUUCAGGUAUGUUGGCGUUUGUGGUCACACGGAAUACCCCUGCCGCUUCCAGAAUCCUUCCGCUACCACCCAGGAAAUUGUUCCUCAUCGGGUCUUUGCCCCAGUGUGCCUCCAGGGUGCCUGUCAAGAGACCCUUCUGCAGCUGGUCCCCCCGUGCCUGUCAGCAGCAUACUCCAUCCUGGGAACACACCCGUUCUCCAGGCUGGACAUCCUCAUCGUUCCUGCCAACUUCCCGAGUCUGGGGAUGGCCAGCCCACACAUCAUCUUCCUCUCUCAGAGCGUCUUGACAGGAGCGAGCCAUCUCUGUGGGACCCGGCUCUGCCAUGAAAUCGCUCACGCCUGGUUUGGCCUAGCCAUUGGGGCCCGGGACUGGACGGAGGAAUGGCUGAGUGAAGGGUUCGCCACUCACUUGGAAGACGUGUUCUGGGCUGAAGCGCAGCAGCUGGCCCCCCACGAGGCCCAGGAGCAGCAGGAGCUGAAGGCUUGUCUGCGCUGGUGUUGCCUCCAGGACGAGGUGCGGAACUCCCCCGAGGAGAUGCAGGUGUUGAGACAUGGACAAGCUGAUCCUAAAGUUCAUAUGAAAAUUCAAGGGACCCAGAAUGAAUAGCCAAAACGAUGUUGAAGAAUAACAGAGGUUGAGGACUCACACUUUUCAAUUCCAAUACUUACCACAGAGCUACAGUAAUCAACAUAGUGUGAUACAGACAUAUAGACCAAUGGAAUAAAAUUGGGAGUCUAGAAACAAACUCUUCUUUCUUUUAUGGUCGGUUGGUUUUUGACGAGGGUGCCAAGACCAUUCAAUGAGAGAAAGAAUAGUCUUUUCAACAGAUGGCCAUGGGACAACUGGAUAUCCACAUGCAGAAGAAUGAAGUUAGACCUUCUGCUUCAUACCACAAACAAAAAUUAACUGAACAUGGAUCAAAGACUUAAAUGUAAGAGCAGAAACUAUAAAACUAUUAGAAAAAAAAAAAAUCACGGGUAUAAGUCUUCAUGGCCUUUGGAUUAGGCACCAGUUUCUUAAAGUACAAGUGACCAAAGGGGGAAAACAAUCAAUAAAUUGGACUUCAUCAGAAUUAAAAUCUUUUGUGUUUCAAAGGGCUCCAUCAAGAAAGUGAAAAGACAACCCACAGAAUGAGAGAAAAUAUUUGCAAAUCAUAUAUCUGAGGGGACUUGUAUCCAGGAUAUAUAAAGAACUCCUACAAUUCAACAAUAAAAAGACAAAUAACUCAAUUGAAAAAUGGGCAAAGGAUCUAAAUAGACAUUUCUCCAAAGAAGAUACACAAAUGGCCAAUAAGCACAUAAAAAGAUACGUGACACUACUUACCAUCAGGGAAAUGCAAAUCCAAACUUCAGUGAGGUAUCACUUCAUUCCUACUAGGACAGUAUCCUGAAAAGUAAGAACAAGGGCUAGGAAGGUUUUGGAGAAAUUAGAACCCUCCUACACUGUUGGUGGGAGUGAACUGGUGCAGCUCCUUUGGAAAGCAGUCUGACAGAUCCUCAGAAGGUUACAUGUAUGGUUAUCAUUCAGCCCCGCAACUCUACUCCUAGGUAUUUACCCAAGAGAAAUGAAAACAUAAGUUCACCCAAAAACACAUACGCAAAUGUUCAUAGAAGCAUUAUUCUUAACAGCCAAUGGUGGGAACAACCCUAAUGUCCAUCAGCAGAUGAAUGGAUCAAUAAAACGUGUUCUGUUCAUACAAUGGAGUAUCAUUCAGCCAUAAAAGGGAAUGAAGUACUGUUACGUGCUACAAAAAUGGAGGCACCUUGAAAACAUUAGGCUAAGUGAAAGAAGCCAGUCACAAAAGGCCACAUGCUGUAUGAUUCCAUUUAUCUGAAAUAUUCAGAAUAGGCAAAACCAUAGAGACAAGAAGCAGAUGAAUGGUUGUCAGGGACUGGGGUGAAGGGAGAAUGGAAAGUGACUGCCAGUAGGUGUGGCAUCUUCUUUCUGGGGUGAUGAAAAUGUUCUGCAGUUAGGUACUGGUGAUGGUUACACAACCUUACGAAUAUACUGAACCCAGUGAAUUGUACUUUUUUUUUUUUAAUGGUGAAUUUUAUGAUAUGUGAGUUAUAUCUCAAUUUUUUUAAAGAAAGAAGGAUUGAUGGAAAUCAUUGGGUAUUUUGUAACAUCUUAUAACAUCGUCUCAGCCUUAGCAGGGUUGAGUAGCAAUGUCUGAAGGAGAGAUGGCAGAUGAAAUUAUGGCAGGAGGCAGCUAGUGUCCUCAGGGCACCAGAGGGGACCCAAGGAGCCAUUUCUAGCGUUGGAUGCCUAGAAGACAUCUCCAUAGUGUCUGUGGUAUCACCACCCCACCUAGAAAGCAUCCCUCAAGCACAAGUACAUAUGCAUGAGUGUGUGUGUAUGUGUGAAUUUGUUUCCACUACAUGCUCUACCUUCCAUUUUUUUCUUAAUAAUAUAAUCCUAAUUGUUGUUCUGUUCACAGCACAUGUAGGUUUUUUUGAAUGUUCCGCAACUAACUGUAUAACUGCCUGUUAACCAUUGGACAUUUUGGCGAUUUCUAGGUUUUUGCUUUUACAAACAAUGCUGUGGUGAAUGGUCUUACUGUUAAUGCACAGCCUGUUAAAUAUAAGACCUAAGUCGUACACAGUUGCCCGUGAGACUGGGAAGAGAGCUGUUCUGCCAACUACUUACCCUGUUUUAUAUCCUGGUAUGUACUGGGCUGCAAACCCAGGCAAGGCUCCACCCCCUGUGGCUCCCAGUCCCGAGCGCUGUGCUAUCCUCCGCCCAGCAGGGAAAAGUCCUUCCUCAGCUCCCACAGACCAUCUGCUCCACUUUGAGUCAUGAGACGAACCCUUCCACUAUCUCGGCACACAGCACCACGCGUGCUGUUGGUGUUCAAAAAGUGCUUCUAGCCUCCCCUUACAAAAUGAAGCUGGUGCUUGUCUCAUUUGCCU